UUCGUAAUUCCAUUGAAAUUAUAAUGAAGAUCACAGAUCUGAACGUUGACUGUCUUCUGGUGAUUUUCAAGUAUUGCUCUGAGAGCGAGUUGAUGUCCCUAGGCAAGGCUAACCAGUACCUAGGAAGGAUUAUAGAUGCUCACAUUUUUUACCCACUUACGAGGGACCUACUCUUGUGCGGCCAUAGAAAUGAACCUUGUGUGGAAAAAAGAAACAAAACGCGUCUUACUUAUCAUGAGAGACUUCAAGUAUCGCGAAAUUGGCUGAGCGGAACAUACCGCGAACGUCCCUACUAUCACCAUGCGCAUCUGUUCCCAACGAAGUUGUGCCUCGAAAAAGACGCCUUGUACGUCACGCAUGACAGUUAUAUACGCAAAUACCGGCGACCAACUACCGAAGCCCUACCCCGAUUGUUUGACGAAGAGAUCACCACUCCCACGAGAAGCGACAUAUCGGACUUUGUAAAGAGGCAAGACACACUCUUUGCGGGUCGAGUCUGCGGCGCGUGCUUUUUGUGCGAUGAAAAUGGUAUCACCGAACAGCAAAUGCACCAGCCCAACGAGUAUCUAUACUGCGUCGACUUCAUAAAUGACGUAUAUGUCACCAGCACCGAUACAUGCUGCAAGGUGUGGCAGCGUUCCCAAGAGUUUGGACUGACGCACUUUGAUCUGGCCAUGAAACUGCAGCAUUCAUUCAAGUCUCUGAAAUUGAGUGCUAAUGGUGAAUGGCUCUAUGGGGGUCUCUACACAGACAAAGGUCGGCGUGCAUUACGGGCUAUCCACGUGGACAGUGGCGAGGAGGUUGUUCACAGCUCAAACACAAUUUCCAUAUAUGAUCUCAAAAUAAAGGAUGAGCACAUUCUUUUCACGGCCAAUUUCGAUACAACAUUUAGAAUGUUUGACCGACGCGUCGAUCGAGAUGUUGCCAUUUGGGAGGAUCCGUUCGACUCGUCCUUUUACUGCCUUGAGUACGAUGGCCUGUAUGCGGUGCUCUGCGGCACCAAUCGACAUGCCCGCGUCAAUCUCUACGACAUUCGAAUGCCCAAAUACGUGCAGUUGUUCUUUCCCGGCCGUACGCGUCAGCGGAACUGCCAGUCGCCCGUUUACAGUCUAGCCUGUGAUAGCCAAUAUUUGUUUGUGGCCACGGACCACAAUCUGCGGGUGUUCGACUUUAAGGCCAACUGCGGUGUUCGCAGGGACUAUAGCCACAUCUAUGAUUUUAAUGGCUAACAAAGAACCUUGUUUUCAAUUGUCAAUGGCCAAAAAAUGUAUAGCAGAUUACCCGUAGACUUAUGCACUAGAUAUUCACAUCCAAAAAAAUCGGUUAAGCCAUCCUUUUUAGUUCAAAGAAUGCCAGCUAAGUAAAAGCGAAUAAGGCUGUAUAUACGAUACAAAAUAUAACAUACAGACGGAUCACUA